AUCUAACACUUUAGGUAGUAGGAAACACACAGGUGUGAAAUUUAAUCCCCUGUAGACAUUAGUUUUUGCAAUCAACACAUUUAGCAGAAAUUAGGGCAAAAUGAUUUUUCUAAUGGACCUCCAGAUGAUGCUACUAGAUGUGAUUUACUUCAUGCUGCGCAAUACUGUUCGCAUCUUCCUGCGUCCACGUACCAAGCCCAUUGACGGUGAGCUGGUGCUGAUCACCGGAUCAGGUGGUGGCCUGGGUCGUCUCUUUGCUCAGGAGUUCACCAAGCACGGGGCAGAAGUGGUGCUGUGGGACAUCAACAGCAGCUCCAAUGAGCAGACAGCCAAGCUGGUGCGUGAGAUGGGGGGUAAGGCAUACACCUACACAGUGGAUGUGACCAACAGGGAGGAUGUGUAUCGCAAUGCAGAACUUGUGCGGAAGGAUCUGGGCCGGGAUGUUACAAUACUGGUGAACAACGCUGGAGUGGUGGCUGGGCAACGCAUGUUGGACUGUCCAGAUGAAUUGAUGGAGAGGACCAUGAAGGUCAACUGCCAUGCCCUCUUCUGGACAGUGAAGGCCUUCCUCCCACAAAUGAAGGCCCAGAAUCACGGACACAUUGUGACGAUCGCCAGCGUCCUUGGCCUCUUCAGCACAGCUUGUGUCGAGGAUUACUGCGCUAGUAAGUUUGCUGCAGUGGGUUUCCAUGAGUCUCUGGCCCAUGAGUUGCUGGCUGAGGAGAUUGAAGGAGUGAAGACUACUCUUGUGUGCCCCUACAUCGUGGACACAGGCAUGUUUGAGGGCUGCAAGAUACGGGAGGAAGUGGAACUGCUCCUACCUCCCCUGGAUCCCCAGUACUGUGUUGAGCAGGCCAUGAACGCCAUCCUGAUAGACCAGCCGUUGGUGUGCAUCCCACGUCUCACCUACCUGCCUGUCAUCUCCAGAGCGUUGCUGCCGUGGGAAUCCAAUGUGGUUACGUAUCGUUUCAUGGGGUCUGACAAGUGCAUGUAUCCCUUCAUUGAUACCAUGAAGAAACAAGUGAAAAAUGGUGUCACUAAAGUUGUAUUGUAAGACAACUUAAAAAGUCAAAAACCUAAAAUUAAAACCAUUCAAAAGGGUUUAUGAAAUGUCAGAUGAUGCAAAAAGAAAAAAAAAAAAAUCCUUCUGCUUGCAUGGACAGCAGAGGGCCUAACAGCCCAGCUACAGCCAGGAUUCAGUCACAUGUGGAUGGUCGGAAGUAACAGAGGUCAGAUGGAAGGGACUUAAGAUUAUAAAACUGAUCAUUAAGAAGCCUAGAUGACGACUCAGCCAAGUGGUCAUCAGCCCUCAAAACGAUUUCAAUAAUGAUCAGAUUAAGUUUUAAGUCUAUUCCUACUGUUCUCAUUAUAAACCUGUGAAAUGACUUAAAUCCAUGACAGUGAUUGAAUCCUGGACUGACCAAAACGGGAAGUGCCUUUAAUAUCUGUAAUUUAAUGAUGUAUCAGAAUAUAGUGCUGUAUGAUGUUUACAUAAAAUAAAAUGACUCUACACGUACUGUCU